AUGGAGCCCCCGGAUUCAAAGCUGGACAGCUCGCCCAAUGGCAACGGCGUGCUGCAUGACCCCACCGCGGACGACAACCGCACCUCCAAGGUCGCUGCAUGUCUGAAUUGCCGGCGCAGCAAAGUCAAAUGCGAACGGGGCGGCGACACCGACCGCUGCCGGAGAUGUCUCCAGACCGGAUCAGACUGCGUACGGCCGACCUUUAAUGUAGGCCGGAGGAAGGGUGUCAAGAAUAAGCGCAAGGGGUUGGAGAAGGCACUGUAUCAGGUCGAAGAGGCCCUUAAGAAGGCCAGUGGUGGUGCCCAGAACGUUGAUGCCGGCAAGGCAAUCCUCGAACUAAAGACCUUGUUGCAGGCGAGCCAGGAUGGCCGUCUCCAAGGCAUCGGUGCGGCCAAUGGCUCCAAGCGGGCUCGCAUCGCCAGCUCCAAUGGGGACCUGCAGGACUCGUCAUCUGACGAAGACGACGAUGAGGAGCAACACCACCAGCUAGUGCAUAGGCGGAGUAGCCAACCGCGUCGCGAGUCGACGGCGUCCAAUCUGCACGCCGCGGUGGAAGAGCGCCUCGCGGUAGACGAUGCGGAGAAUCCCCUGCAGCUGCUAGCUCGAGCAUCCAAUCUGCAUCUCUCGCCAAAGUCCAGCAGUCACGAUCAGUCGCCAAGGGUCGCUGUGUCGUUGCAUCCGCCAAGCACGUUUGACGAGCAAGAUGAGGAGUAUGCUGAUGUUCAAACCUUCUUCGCAUUUAGCAGUUCCAACUUGGACGUUGGGAAGGACUACGAUCCGGUUGAUCUCGGCCUUGUGAGUGAGGAGGAGGCAGAGACAUUAUUCACAUUGUUCGUAACCUUCCACCAGAAUCUUGCACACACAAGAUGGGGCUUGGAUCCCGUCCUAUACACGGUCCCCUUCACCCGCGCCAGGUCAUGUUUCUUAUUCACUUCUAUCAUGGCAGCGUCGGCACUGUUCAUGCCCAAUGCGGCUGCCUUAUCAAAAAGACUAUCUAACCAUUGCAAGGAGCUUGCACUACGAUGCGUGGCGAGAAGGCAUCGAUCAGUCGAGGUCGUCCUCGCCUUCAUGAUCAAUGUCCCAUGGAUGGUUCCAGGUGAGCACAGCACUGAUGACGACACAUGCUGGUAUGUCUCCAUGGCGGCCACCAUCGCCAUAGAUGUACAAUUGCACAAGAUCCACAUGCCGCUAGAAGCCUUCCGGGAUGGCAGCUCCGGCAAUCUGUCUCGUGCCGACUGUAUCGAUCCUAAAGGUGCUCUGAUACUCGGAGGUUUCCCUGACGUGGACCCACUCUCCGAGCUAGGCAAGCGGCUCAUCCGUCGAAGAGAAAGGUGUUGGAUUGCCCUGUUUGUUCUUGAGCGAGGGAUGUGCUUGGCCAGAGGUCGCAGCUAUACGGUCCCUAUCACGCCUCUCGUCAGCAAUUGUGACCGAUGGCAUAUUUCCGAUGUUGCUGAUGGCAUGGAUGGCCAUCUUGUGUCUAUGGCAGUACUGAGACGAGAUUUGGAUGGGCUGUUCGCUACUAUUAGAUCAUUAUGUGACGGCUCAAGAGAAGGCUUAACAGACGGGUCUCUGAUAGCCCAGUCAAUACAAAGCACUGUUGAGAAGUUCUUCGAGCAAUGGCAUCUAGAAUGGGGCAUGUCAAUUGGGUCGGGGCCUCAUAAUCGUCUUCCACCAUACGUAGAAAUUCUCGUCACUCACACUCGACUGUCUAUCUACAGUAGCGUCAUCAAUCACCCAACUGCACCUACAGAAGUCCGUCAGUUCUUCCGCACAGCAGGUCUCUCGUCUUCACUAAACGUCAUGCGAGCCGCCAUCCAAGGCGAAUCACAGCUCAUAUCCAUGCCGAACAAUACCGCCAUUAUGAUCUCAUUCGCAGCCUGCUUCGCACUUCGCCUCAGCGCUCAGGUAUCGGGGAACUCCAACCUUGCUCCAAGCGUUCGCACACUUAUCGAGGAAACUGCCGAUGUGCUUGAGCGGAUUGGUCACGCUACUCAACAUCGCAACGGCAUGCCCGCUCUCUAUGGCAAGUACUUACGGUUCCUCGUGCGAAAGGCAGCGUCUGCCUCAGACCCGGACCAUGUCAGCGCAUCGAUACACCAGCGUCCUACCAUCGCAGAGCUCAGACAGGAGCUUGCAGAAACCUCACCGUUCCACCCAUCGGCCCAUUCCAUCAGCCAAGUCGGGUUCGGAGUGUCAGAUCCCAUGGUCAGCCAGGGCGGCUUCAUGGAAUCUGGACCAUGGGCGGCUGAGUCACUUCAAUUCUCAUCGAUGUCAGACGACCAGAUCGUCGAGGCAUUGAAUCGGGCCGGCAACGAGUUCGACACCGGCUUUGGCCAGCUGGGGUGGGAGGAUCCGACGUCGCUGGAAUGGAUGAACUGGUCGAACCUUCCGGAGUUUGGGUUCUGA